UUGAUCCAUAUAUCAUUCAACAACUCAAAAGUAAUAGAUAUGCACAAAUGUAGAUCAAGAGAAAAUAAUCAUUGUUGUCGCAACUACAAGAUAAAAGAGUUGAAUCGAAAAACAAAGACUCCUUCAUCAUUAAAGUAAUACAGUCUCCUCUCAAAAUUGAUAGCCAACCUCGAAAAUGAAUUGCACUUACAAUUAUCAAUCCUUCAUUAUCAAGAAAUAAUAAAAGGAAGUAUUUUCCAGAAGAAAGCAUCUUCAGCUGCCAUGGCGAAUAUACGAAUGAUAGAUAUAGCCGUCAAUUUCACUGAUAGCAUGUUCAAAGGGAUAUACAAUGGCAAACAAUAUCAUAUGGGGGACAUUCAAGCUGUGUUGAAGAGGGCGUGGAGCACUGGAGUUGAACGAAUAAUAGUAACUGGUGGCUCUCUUGAAGAAUCAAAGGAAGCUCUUGCCAUUGCUGAAACAGAUGCAAGACUUUUCUGUACUGUGGGUGUGCACCCGACAAGAUGCAAAGAAUUUGAAGACAGUGGGGAUCCAGAAAAACAUUUGCAGGAUCUUUUGACAUUGGCUAAAGAGGGAAAAGAAAAAGGAAAAGUGGUUGCGAUUGGUGAAUGUGGGUUGGACUAUGAUAGACUUCACUUUUGUCCAUCUGAUAUUCAAAAGAAGUACUUUGAAAAGCAGUUUGAGUUAGCACAUACAAUGAAGCUGCCAAUGUUUCUUCACAUGCGAGCAGCUGCUCAGGAUUUUUGCGACAUUCUUCAACAAAAUAAGGAUCGGUUUGUUGCUGGGGGAGUUGCACACUCUUUCACUGGAAGUGCUGAAGAUCGUGAUAAACUUCUUUCAUUUAGUAAUGUUUUUUUAGGUGUAAAUGGUUGCUCUCUCAAGACAACCGAGAACCUUGAAGUUGUAAAGGGUAUACCUGUUGAGCGAAUGAUGAUUGAAACGGAUUCACCAUACUGUGAUAUCAAGAAUACACAUGCUGGGAUAAGUUACGUGAAAUCAUCGUGGCCUUCAAAGAAAAAGGACAAGCAUGAUCAAGAAUGCCUUGUCAAAGGUCGCAACGAGCCUUGCUUAGUUCGGCAAGUGCUUGAAGUUGUUGCAGGCACUAAAGGUAUCGCUGACAUAGACCAACUAGGCAACACACUGUACCACAAUACGUGCAGGGUUUUCUUUCCUCAUGAUUUGGAUUCAGCAGCAGACGCCCUUCUUGCUAGUGGCAGGGACGCUCUAUGAAGUCGCGCGUUUAAGAGAAAAGCAGCACUCUGCUAGUCUGGGCGCUCAAAGUGUAUUAUUUAAUAUUCUGAGUAGUAUCUUAUUGUUCAUUUUUACUACUAGUUGUUGCUUCACUUGCUUUGUUUACCUUGCUAUUUUGUUGUCAUUAUUUUCCUUUCAA